AUGAUGGCAAAAGGCGAUUCAGGAUUCGCCAAAACAGCAAACGCGGCGAGUGGUAACGGUACUAACGGUGAUCAAGACGGGAUGCCCAUCGUUCUCGCGAGUGGAAGUUUCAACCCGACGUCCUCUGCCGCUGGAAUGCAACACAAUUCGUUCCAUCCUCCUCCGUAUGGAGGACAACAACAACAACAACAACACUACGGACAAGGAACGCAAGGCGAUUCGAACUUUGCCGCCGGGAACGUAUUCUUGAACACAAACAACGCGAGCAAUAACAACAACAACAAAGAUAAUAACUAUAACUAUAACAGCAGUAGCCAACAACAACAUCAACAGAGCGGCGGCGGCGGAGGAGGGGGAAUGGUACCGCCCGGAGGGUAUCCUCCGCAGCAAUACCAUCCGUAUCAUCAUCAAAUGCAUCACCACAUUCCGCCUCCCCAAGUGCAGCAGCAGCAGCAACAACAACAACAACAACAACAAGCUCCGCAAAAUCAGAUGCAACAUCAAACGCCGCUGCAGCAACAACUACAACAACAACACCAACAACAGUUGCGGUUGUUUUGGCAGCAACAAAUGACCGAGGUUGAAACGGCGACGGAUUUUAAGAACCAUCAGUUACCACUGGCAAGGAUUAAGAAAAUCAUGAAAACGGACGAGGACGUGCGGAUGAUUUCCUCGGAGGCGCCGGUGUUGUUCGCGAAAGCGUGCGAGAUGUUCAUCUUGGAGUUAACUUUGAGAUCUUGGAUUCAUUCCGAGGAAAACAAAAGGAGGACGUUGCAGAGAAACGACAUCGCGAGCGCGAUUACGAGGACGGAUAUUUUUGAUUUCCUGGUGGAUAUCGUACCGAGAGAAGAUGGGAGCGCUGGCGGAAACAACGCGGCGGCGAUUGCCGCCGCCGCCGCCGCCGCGGCGCUGGGACAAGAGCAACAAAAACAACAAGGGGGUGGUGGUGGCGGAAAUUUAGCAACAGUAAUGGGAGGAGGAGGGCCUAGCGUGCAGGUAAAGCAGGAAGAGAAUGGUACCGGAUUAGGAGCGGGUAACGGGAAUACGACAGACGCGUCGUACAACACGUACCCGCCGCAACCAACAACAGUAGUAGCUUCAGACGCAACGCCGGCGUCCCAACCAUCGCAGCAAGACGGGAUUAAGAAGGAAGGCGGCGGGCAAACCGACGCCGUCGUGCCUUUGAUUUAA